UUACAGCGCUUGGGGUCGCUGGUGGCCGCGGAGACGCAGAUGGUGUUGUUGACGGCCACGUUGCCGCCUAGCCAGGAGAGGAUAUUACGGGAACGUAUGCAUUGGCAGGAUGAGGGCGUCGUAAUUCGACAGCCGACGGUCCGGACGAACAUCCGAUAUUCCGUAGUUUCCGUCGACCACCGGGCCAGGCCGGACGAACAGGACGCCGUGAUUGAAGGGCUGGUGGACCAGGAGGACGGCAAGGUGGUAGUAUAUUGCAAUUCCCGGUCCCGGGUCGAGCGGUUAGCACGAAGCGGGCUCGGCGUAUACGAGGCGUUCCAUGCGGGUCUGCCCGACAAGAAAAAGGCGGAGGUUUUAGAGGAAUUUCGGACCGGGGAGGUCCGGAUCGUCGUGGCCACUAGCGCGUUAGGGAUGGGGGUCGAUAUCCCGGACAUCCGGCUAAUCGUUCACGCCGACGUACCCCGGAAUUUAAUAGAUUUCGCACAGGAGAGCGGACGAGCGGGACGGGACGGGCGGCCUAGUCGAUCGAUCGUCGUCGGCGAUUCCAGCGAG